GCGUACAUGGCGACGGUCCCGUGCACCGGCGCCGUGCCGAGCCGUCCUCCUGCUCGGCAACCAGCUCCGCCGUGUCUCGAUGCCGGCAGCAUCCGGUGCGUCGCCGCCGGCGACACCGCCCGCUGCGGCGAGUGGCAUGUGCGGUGGCGCGCCCUGCUGCGUGGCCGCCGCCGGCUCGGACGUGGCCGCGGCUGGAGCCGGGCCUGGGUCGGUCGCGGCCAGAGCCAAAAAUGGAGCGCAGCUAGGGCUGCGCAGCGAACAGGAGCGAGUUCGCGCUGCGGUGCUCAGUACGGCGAGUUCGCUCUGCGGCCUGCUCGGGCUUUAUCUCUCGCGUCUCGGCUGCGUUGGCUGCUAAAGUCUUUUUUAUCGGUGCGUUUUAGCUGUUUUAGCAGCAAACGUCCGAAUUCUGCAGC